AUGUCUUCGUUCCCGGAAGCUUCAUCAUCUUGCGAUUCUCAGGUUUCUAUUCAAUCCUACCCAACCUUGGUCUCGAACCCGCCACCUACUACUGCGCAACCUGCAGUUGUCACAACUUCCCUCGUCCAAACCACACGGCUUGCAGAUGGCAAGAAAAUGAUUAAUCAAUACGUUAUGGACGCUAAAGUCGGCUCUGGACAACACGGCAACGUUUGGCGAUGUUACGAGAACAAGCAGAGAAACUCGAAGGUCCUAGCAAUGAAGAUUGUCAAGAGAGAUAAUCCAAAGGCCAGAAGGGAUAGACAGUAUAAGAUGCUGAGGAUGAGAGGAGGACUGGGAGCCGCAGGUGCUGGCGCAAAUAAUUCUGGAAGGACCUCUCGUCCGCGAAGUACACCGACAGUCGUCGACGGUAUACGUACCGCAGAGCAGGAGAUUCGAAAAGAGAUCGCAAUCAUGAAAAAAUGUAGACAUCCGCAUGUUGUACGGCUAUACGAAGUUAUCGACGACAGGAAGAACGAAAUGGUGUUCAUGGUCAUGGAAUACCUUGGGGGCGGCGAAAUCCAAUACACCUCUCCUACAUCACCCGGUACACCAAUACUGACUGUGGAGCAAACUCGCAGAAUCAUGCGAGAUGCUAUACUUGGGCUAGAGUAUCUGCAUCACCAGGGUAUUAUCCAUAGGGAUAUAAAACCUGCGAAUUUGCUGUGGAGUACGGGCCACGACAGAGUGAAAAUUGCGGAUUUUGGAACAGCACAUUUUAGCUACGCGCAACGUCUCGCUGCAGCGAAGGCUUCGAAUCUCCCUAUAAUUGACGACAACGAAGAAGACCCGUUACUGCUCAAUGACGCCGACUUGGCGAAAAGAGCAGGAAGCCCCGCGUUCCUGGCUCCGGAAAUCGUAUGGGAGUUCGUCGAGUGGCCCCAGGCGGAGAAAUUCUACCCUACAUACACUCCGUUAUUGCCUACCACACCAGAAGGCUCUUCACCUUCUGAGCCAGUAUCUGCGGACGUAGUUCCUGUUCCCGCACCUCCUCGUCCACCAGUCACAAAAUCAAUCGAUAUUUGGGCCCUCGGCGUAACACUUUACUGUCUUCUUUUCGGUAAAACGCCAUUUCGCCCUCCAGGCGAUGAAGGAGACCGGAUAACUGAAUGGGCGGGCUAUUAUUGGGUAUGCAAUCGUGAUUGGCGGGCGGAGGACAAAAUGGGCUGGGACGGUGUGCUCACAGGCGGACAAAAGGCCAGGGAAGGACAGUGGAAUGGUCAAAAGGGUAAGCCCGAGGGAUCCAAGGAAGGGGCGUUGGUUAUGCAUCUUUUGGACCAUUUCCUCCAGAAGGAUUUAGAGAGGCGGAUAACGCUUGAAGAAGUGAAGAUGAACCCUUGGUUCCUUCAAGACCUCCCAAACCCCGACUACUGGCUUCGCAUGACAUCGCCGAAC